AAGGGGUUUGUGUUUUGGCGGCCGCGCUUCUGCCUGGCGGGCAGUUGCACGGUUUACAGAAAUUCGGCUCCUGGGUCGCGUCAAGAAGCUGGAAGAAAGUUGACUAAUGACUUUUGGCUAAUUUUUGUUCCGAUGGUACUCGUCUGGAGGGAGAAUGUCAUGGCGCCAGCAAGUUGAAUUUAGCGGCCUAGAGUGACGACGUUUUGGUGUUUUUUGCUGUUAUAACCAGUCAACAGGCCGAAUCUGUGGCGAGCCGCUAGUUUCCCGGAUUCCAGUAUAUUUCUAACAGCAGUGAUUUCCCAAGGAAGAAGGUCAUAAGCAUGAAACGCAGCUCAGUUUCCACCGGUGGUGCUGGCCGCCUCUCUAUGCAGGAAUUAAGAUCCCAGGACUUAAAUAAACAAGGACUCCAUACCCCUCAAACCAAAGAGAAACCAACCUUUGGAAAGUUGAAUUUAAACAAACCCACAUCUGAAAGAAAAGUCUCUGCAUUUGGUAAAAGGACUAGUGGGCAUGGAUCUCGGAAUAGUCAAUUUGGUAUAUUUUCCACUUCUGAAAAAAUCAAGGACCCAAGACCACUUAAUGACAAAGCAUUCAUUCAGCAAUGUAUUCGACAACUCUGUGAGUUUCUUUCAGAAAAUGGUUAUGCAUAUAGUGUAUCCAUGAAAUCUCUACAAGCUCCUUCUGUUAAAGACUUCCUGAAGAUCUUCACUUUUCUUUAUGGCUUCCUAUGCCCUUCGUAUGAACUUCCUGACACCAAGUUUGAAGAAGAGGUUCCAAGAAUCUUUAAAGAUCUUGGGUAUCCUUUUGCAUUAUCCAAAAGCUCCAUGUAUACAGUGGGGGCCCCUCAUACGUGGCCUCACAUUGUGGCAGCCUUGAUUUGGCUAAUAGACUGCAUCAAGUUACAUACUGCCAUGAAAGAAAACUCACCUUUAUUUGAUGAUGGACAGCCUUGGGGAGAAGAAACUGAAGAUGGAAUUAUGCAUAAUAAGUUGUUUUUGGACUACACCAUAAAAUGCUAUGAGAGUUUCAUGACUGGUGCUGACAGCUUUGAAGAGAUGAAUGCAGAGUUGCAGUCAAAGCUGAAGGAUUUAUUUAAUGUCGAUGCUUCCAAGUUGGAAUCAUUAGCAGCAAAAAACAGAGCACUGAAUGAGCAAAUUGCAAGACUGGAACAAGAAAGAGAAAAAGAACCGAAUCGUCUAGAGUCAUUGAGAAAACUGAAAGCUUCCUUACAAGCAGAUGUUCAAAAAUAUCAGGCAUACAUGAGCAAUUUGGAGUCUCAUUCAGCCAUUCUUGACCAGAAAUUGAAUGGUCUCGAUGAAGAAAUUUCUAGAGUAGAGCUGGAAUGUGAAACAAUGAAACAGGAGAAUUCUCGACUACAGAAUAUUGUUGAUAACCAGAAGUACUCAGUUGCAGACAUUGAGAGAAUAAAUCAUGAAAGAAAUGAAUUGCAGCAGACCAUUAACAAAUUAACCAAGGACCUGGAGGCGGAACAGCAGCAGUUGUGGAAUGAGGAGUUGAAAUAUGCCCGAGGCAAAGAGGCGAUUGAAACACAAUUAGCAGAAUAUCAUAAGUUGGCUAGAAAAUUAAAACUUAUUCCUAAAGGUGCUGAGAAUUCCAAAGGUUAUGACUUUGAAAUUAAGUUUAAUCCUGAAGCUGGUGCCAACUGCCUUGUCAAAUACAGAGCUCAAGUUUAUGUACCACUCAAGGAACUCUUAAACCAAACUGAAGAAGAAAUUAAUAAAGCUCUAAAUAAAAAGAUGGGGUUGGAGGAUACUUUAGAACAAUUAAAUACAAUGAUAACAGAAAGCAGGAGAAGUGUACGAACUCUCAAAGAAGAAGUUCAAAAGCUGGAUGAUCUUUAUCAACAAAAAGUUAAGGAAGCUGAGGAAGAGGACAGAAAGUGUGCCAAUGAGCUGGAGUCCUUGGAGAAACACAAGCACCUGCUGGAGAGUGCGGUUAACGAGGGCCUCAGCGAAGCUAUGAAUGAGUUAGAUGCCAUUCAGCGGGAAUACCAACUAGUUGUGCAGACCACAACUGAAGAAAGACGAAAAGUAGGAAAUAAUUUGCAGCGUCUUUUAGAGAUGGUUGCUACACAUGUAGGAUCUGUUGAGAAACAUCUUGAGGAGCAGAUUGCCAGAGCUGAUAGAGAAUAUGAAGAAUACACAUCUGAGGAUCUCUUGGAAAAUAUUAGAGAGAUUGGAGACAAAUAUAAGAAGAAAGCUGCUCUGCUUAAGGCUUCUAACGAAUGAAGACAAAAUGUUGAUUAUCUAAACAGAAACUUUAUUAACAGUGUAAAUGUUGGAGAAAAACAGUGUAAAUGUUGAAAUUUCCUUUGUAGGUUUGAAAAGUCUCUAACAUAUCCUAAAUCUUUUUUACACUGAAGUCUCAUGGCCACAUCUUCCCAUGACCAUGAAAUAUUUUUGUAUCUUUUAUAAAUCUAGUUCAUUAACUUACAGUAUGUAUGACCUGAAAUUAUGAUAACUUGUUGGAUUGUUAUCUUUAGGUAUGAAAGACUAGUUAUGUUAUGUACCUGGAGUUAAUAAAAUUGCAUCCACAAAGUGUAUUUUCCCCUAAUUUCUCUGCCUAACUUGAGAUGGUUAGAAAAUAAGUAUUUCGAACUAAACCAGGAGUCAGCAUGUUAACUGUGGGUCUACUCUAAUCACGCCCAUUCAGUGACAUAUCGUCUAUGACUGGUUUCACACCACAGGAGCAGAAUUUAGUGUGACAGAGAUCAUAUGACCUGAAAAGCCAAAAAUGUGUACUAUCUGGCCCUUUACAGAAAGUUUGCCAAUCCCUGGUAUAAACUAUACAAAGAAUUGGUACUGACUAACUAGAAAACUUUCCUAAUCACUUUGGACGUAGUCAGAAUCACUCUUCUAUGUGUAUGUGUAUAUAUGUAAAGAGAGAAAAGCUAAAGUUCUUUCUGACUUCAGGCCAUCUUUAGUCUGAAAUAAGCAGAAUAUGGAAUGUGAGAAUCAGAAGAAAUAAUAAGCUCAUUCAGCCCCCUCAUUUUAGAGAUGAAAGUUUAUUCCUAGAGAAGCUCAGAUUUACCUCAGGUCAUACCUGUUGUGGUAGAAACCACACUGGAUCUUCCUUGAACCCGUGUGCAAUUCUGAGUACAGCCACAGGAGUCCUGAAACUUGAAUAUUCUGGAUAGUGAGGGAGUUCUGUUACAAAGUGAGUUUUUUAGAUCUAAAUUGUGAGGACACUCCUCCUUAAAUUGAACUAACAUCUGCCUCCAGUUGAACUUUCUAUUCUCUUAACUUUAUUCUAACUCUAAACCAUGUCAGAAUGAAGAACAUUGGAAUUAAAUGUUAAGCCACGUACUUUAAGAGCCGAGAAUGGGAUUCCCACAAUGCUUUAUGAAGGGAGGGCAUUCAGCCAGAGAAAACAGAAACAGACGAGUCAUAGUUGGGAGAUAAUUAACAUGAUACGACAAGGUUAACAAUUACUAGUGUAUUCAAGAGUCUGGAUUACUGACAUCCAAUAGAACUGUCUUCAGUGAUGGAAAAGAAAUACUCUGUCUUCACUAUCCAAUAUAUAUGACAGAAUUAAGAUGAACCAGAGCUUUGCCACUCUAUGGAAAUAGCAGCAGCAACAUCACCUGGGACCUGGGAGGUCUUUAGAAAUGCAGGCUCUUGGUCUCAUCCCAAACCUGCUGAAUCAGAAUCUGCCCUUUUUACAGUAUGUUGACCUAAACUGUAUGUAUUAAAACUUUUCACAAGUUUUGACAUAUAUAUACGCCCUUCAAUCAUCAUCACAAUGAAGCUAAUGAAUAUAGCUUUCACCUCUGAAAGUUUCCUCAUGGCCCUUGGCAAUCCUUUCUCUUGCCCUACCUGACAUCUGCCUGACAUGCGUAUCCAGGCAAGCACUAAUCUCCUUUCUCUCACUAUAGACUAGUAUGCAUUUUCUAGAACUUUGUGCAAAUAGAAUCAUAUAGUAUGUACAUUUGUAUAGCUUCUUUCAGAAAAUUUUGAGAUCCAUGCUGUGUAUCAGUAGUUCAUGCCUUCUCAUUGUUGAGUAGUGUUCCAUUGUAUGAAUGUAUUGAGUUUGUUUAGCCAUUUACCUGUUG